UCUUAACAUUUAAAGACAUGCGUUGCCCAGAUUGCUCGUGAUUUGGCUACGAAAAACUGGAUGUUGUGUCUCACUGUAAAGGCAUCGCUGCAUGCCGUCUGCACACGGUGAAAUCAGCAUUUUAUGGCCACAACAAAGGGCAUUAUAAUUGAUCAAAACCAACGUGCUUAGGCCGCAGGAAGAAAUCAAAACAAGCCUUUUUCUGCACGGAAACGACUGGCCUCCAAGAAAGGACAUUUCUUUGUUUGGAUAUGUUUAGCCGUCGGUGGAUUUUCACAGCCGUUUCUAUGCGAACGCGAGAUCAGUAAGUUGCGCCUGACAAAAAUAUCCGUUGGAAACUGCAAGUCUGUCAAGCCACAAUCAAACAGUCCUCACGGAAUUUAAUGUCCUCGGCUUUUUACGUAGUCUUUUGUUUUCCUUUCUUUCUGGUCUCCAACAACACUGACCAAGCCGGUUGUAAGCCCUCUCGCGCUGGCCUGGACGAGGGAAGAGGGCUUGAGGAGCGAAAGGGAGGACGGAGAAAGGCACUGGUACGCUAGCCCCAAUUCCUGCUUCUGCCUUCUUCGCAUCUUCAUGUCUCCUCUAUUAACUCUUAUUAGUACCCUCUAAUAUGGGCAAAACAUACAAGCAGUUUUCUUGACCUGAAAGGAUGAUUGAAACAUCAGAACUAAAAUCUCAAUUGUAAAUCAAAUACAGGCCCCUGACAUCAAUAUUUUAUGGACACGUUUUAAAGAGUCUGCCUCUGUCAACCUUUGGGGCAUGGCAAGAUGAAUGCCUGUGUGCGAUGAUGAUGGCUAAAAAGCAAGAAUCCCGAAUGCCUAUCUACAACCUCGUUGUUGUUGGCCUGUCGGGGACUGAGAAGGAGAAAGGGCAAUGUGGAGUUGGUAAAUCAUGCCUUAGUAACCGCUUUGUCCGUCCUAGUGCGGACGACUUCCAUCUUGAUCACACUUCUGUGCUAAGUACCAGUGACUUUGGUGGCCGGGUUGUCAACAAUGACCAUUUCCUGUUCUGGGGAGAGGUGGGGAGAGUUUUGGAAGAUGGUGCAGACUGCAGGAUGCAUGUGGUUGAGCAGACCGAAUUCAUUGAUGACCAGACGUUCCAGCCCCAUCGCAGCACAGCCUUACAACCCUACAUCAAAAGAGCUGCCUCCACCAAACUGGCUUCUGCUGAAAAACUCAUGUACUUCUGCACUGAUCAGUUGGGACUUGAGCAAGACUUCGAACAGAAGCAAAUGCCCGAAGGCAAAUUGCAGGUGGAUGGCUUUCUGCUUUGUGUUGAUGUCAGUCGUGGUAUGAACCGCAACUUUGAUGAUCAAAUGAAAUUUGUCACCAACUUGUACAAUCACUUAAGCAAGACAAAAAAGCCUAUUGUGCUAGUUCUCACUAAGUGUGAUGAGGGUGUGGAGCGUUACAUCAAGGACUCUCAUACCUUUGCCAUUACAAAAAAGAACCUGCAGGUUGUUGAGACGUCGGCACGGUCCAAUGUCAAUGUUGACUUGGCUUUCCUUACCUUGAUACAGCUCAUUGAUAAGGGAAGAGGUAAGCCCAAGAUCAUACCUUACUUUGAGGCAUUGAAACACCAGAGUCAACUAAUUGCUUCUGCAAAAGACCGCUAUGAGUGGUUAGUAAACCACAUUGUGAAGAAUCACAAUGAAACAUGGCCCAACAUUAGCCGACGAAUGCAGACUUCACCUGAAUACAAGGAGUAUGUAUUUUUAGAAGGUACGGGUAAGGCUAAGAAGCUAUUUCAACAGCAUAUUCACCGGCUAAAACAGGAACACAUUGAAAGGCGUCGUAAAGCAUACUUGAGUGCUCUUCCACUCGCCUUGAGUAGCUUAGCUUCUGAGUUGGAUGAAAUUGAGCAUUUGAGCUGGUCUGGGGUCCAGAAGGUCCUUGAAUCUAAAAAAGACUUUGAUCAUUGGUUUGUGGUACUGGACGAUGCACCAUGGGAGGACACGCCGCAUCUUGACAAUAUGGAGGAUGAGCGUAUCCCCUUUGAUGUUCUAGACACCACGGCUGCUGAAAUAAUCUUUGAUGCACACCUUGAACACUUGCGCAAUGAAUGCAAGCGUGCCCAGAUGCGUCAUGAGUUCAAAGCAAAAUUAGCAUCUUCACCUUUCAUUACCCCUGGCAAACCUUGGGAGGAGGCCCGAAGCUUCAUCAUGAAUGAAGACUUCUACCAGUGGCUUGAGGAGCCAGAAUAUUUGGACAUUUAUAACCGGCAUCAGAAAGCAAUCAUAGACAGGGCAAAAGAGGAUUUUCAGGAGCUUCUGCUGGAGUACUCGGAGCUCUUCUAUGAACUUGAGGUAGAUGCCAAACCUAGUAAAGAGAAGAUGGGAGCAAUUCAAGAAGUUUUAGGUGAAGAACAACGCUUCAAGGCCCUUCAGAAAUUACAAGCUGAAAGGGAUGCUUUAGUGCUGAAACACAUCCAUUUUGUGUAUCACCCUACGAAGGAAACAUGUCCGAACUGCCCACACUGUGUUGACAACAAAAUUGAACAAAUACUAGCUUUGUGCUUUCCUGCACAAUACCCUUCUUUUGGAAAGUCCAAUAUUUUUGAUGGAAAGGUAGAUAGGAUCAAUCUUGUUAUACUGGGCAAAGAUGGUCUUGCUAGAGAAUUAGCCAAUGAGAUUCGGGCAUUGUGUACCAAUGAUGAUCAUUAUAUGCUUGAAGGUAGAAUGUAUGAGCUUGUCCUUCGGCCCAUUGAGGGUAAUGUUAGACUUCCUGUUAAUUCAUUUAAUACAUCCACAUUUACUCCCCACGGAUGCCUGUGUUUGUACAAUUCAAAAGAGUCCUUGUCAUAUGUUGUAGAAAGUAUUGAGAAGUUGCGAGAGUCCACGCUUGGCAGAAGGGACAACCAUAUGGCUCAGCUUCCCCUGUCACUCUUAUUAGUAACCAAAAGAGGUGUUGGAGGACUGGGUGACAUUGGUGGUGAGACUGCUCAAGCAUUAAUCUCACAAGGUCAGCAGGUAGCCAUAAAACUACAGUGUAAUUACCUGGAACCUGCCUCCCCUGGCACUGGCUAUGGGCGAAAUGUGAAUGAAAAGCAGAUCAAUCAGGUCUUGAAGGUUCUACUUGAAACAAGGAGGACUUCUACAUUUCGUAGCUGUUCUCCACCUGCACCUCCGCUGCCUCCAUGUAUUCGAGAGUUACAGCAGGAUCAGAGUCCAGAGGCUGAAUUGCGUAUUAUCAUGUGCCUAAUGUGUGGAGACUCCUAUGACAUUGAUCAAAUUCUUGCACCAUUCCUGCUUCCACAGCAUUGCAAGCCGACCUCUCCUCAGACAAGUGGCACUUCAGUGCUGCUAGAACAAACAAUUAGUGGUCAUAAGCAUACAAUUGAACUGUCUCUAAUGUCAUACCACGCUUCUUUUGCCACUCGUAAGAGUCGACUGGUGCAUGGCUACAUCGCUUUAUACUCUGCUAACCGCAAGGCUUCUUUUGAAACCCUGUGUGCCUUUUUGUGUGAGGUUCAGGACAUUGUCCCAGUUCAGCUGCUUGCAGUGGGGGAAACCCGGACUGAGCUUCUGGACUCUGAGACUGCUCAUGGGUUGUUAGUCCAAGGUGAAGAACUGGCCCGUGAACUUGAGGGACGGUUUUGCAGUAUUGUCUGUGGCCCUGGAGGAGUUGUUGGAGGACUACAAAAACUAGACCUGUUGGAACAAUUUUUCACAGAGGUAUUAGAAAAGAGAACUAUUGUUGAGGCCAGCCAUAUGUAUGAAAACAUUGCAGAAGCCAGUAGCACAAAUGAGAAUGUGUAUUCACCACACUGUGGCUCCCCAAGCCCUGUCACAAUGCUGUUAGAUUCUGAGGAAGACAUGGAAGCUUCCCCGCCUUACCAUGAUGGAACACUCACUUCUCAUGGUGGAUUCAAACUGCCUGACCUGGAUUCAGGUGACACAUUCUCUGUGAUCUCUGACCUUAGCACCUUUGAGAACAAGCUAAAUAAUAAAGUUCCUCCUCAAGUAAGACCCAAACCAAGUGUCACAUUUGACCUUAGAAAAUCUAAUUUUAAUCCGUACAUGGAUGCAGUCAGCCAUCGGCGUUCCCUUACAUCCAAUGUGACGUGGCCUCUAGGAGGAGAUUAUGAUCCUUCGGACUAUGCUGAGCCAAUGGAUGCUGUCUCUAAACCACGCCCCAGCUAUGAGGAUAGCAUAUAUUCUGUGCCACAUGACAGCACACAGGGCAAAAUUAUUACCAUCCGCAAUUCCUAUCGGAUCCACUCUAAUGGAGGAGGCAAUGGUUCAGACAGUGAAGGGGAUGGCAGCUCAUUGGAGAGACGUCGCAAGUUCUCUGCAGCAAGGGUGAAGCCACGGCUGUACCGUGAUCAUUCCAAACGUCUGGGGAAGUUCAGCAGUUUCCGCACUAGUUUUUCCAUUGGUAGCGAUGAUGAGAUUGGCACACUCUCAAGGUCAAAAGAUGAUGAUGUUUCAGGGCUGAAGGCAGACAUACUCAAUGAAGAAGGAGAAGAUCCCAAAAAGAGGAACAUACUGAAAAGUCUUCGCCGACCAGGCAAAAAAACAAGACCAAAGCCUCGUCAUUCUAUCUCUAAGCCUUUGGAGAGUAACUACUUUGGGGUGCCUCUGGUGAAUGUGGUUUCCCUUGAACGACCUAUUCCAGUUUUCAUUGACAAGUGUAUUCGUUACAUUGAAGCCACAGGUUUGACAACAGAGGGUAUCUACAGGGUAAGUGGGAAUAAAGCGGAGAUAGAGAGCAUGCAGAGGCAGUUUGAACAGGACCACAAUCUGGACCUUGUGGAGAAGGACUUCACUGUGAACACAGUUGCCGGAGCAAUGAAAAGUUUCUUCUCUGAGCUGCCUGAGCCUCUGAUUCCUUACAGCUCACAGGAGGAGCUGGUGGAAACUUUCAAAAUUAAUGAUCGAGAACAGAGGCUUCACACAAUGAAGGAUGUGUUAAGACAAUUUCCCAGGGAAAAUUUUGAUGUCUUCAAAUAUGUAAUGAGCCAUCUAAACAAGGUUAGUCAGUGGAACAGAGUCAACUUAAUGACCAGCGAGAAUCUCUCCAUCUGUUUCUGGCCAACACUGAUGCGGCCAGACUUCACCUCAAUGGAUGCCCUGACAGCCACGCGCACCUACCAGACAAUCAUCGAGACAUUCAUCCAUCAGUGUGCUUUCUUCUUUUACAACCAGCCUCCUGCUGAGUCACCCACUGGCCCCUUUGGACCCCCUGGACCAUUGGUGCCCUCCGGAUUGCCCCCAUCCCCCACAGCCGCCCCUUCUUAUUGCCCUCCGACCCCACAUUUCACCUCCCUUCUGCAGUCCCCGCCACAUUCUCCCCCCCAGAUGCCACACACGGCCCCUGCAGAACCACAAACACUGUGAGAUGGGGAAAAUCACGUGGCCGUUAUUUAGUGAACUAUACACACACAAACGCUUGCACACACACACUUGCAAUGCAUGCUUACACAUCUACAUACAAGCUCUGCACACACAUCUAAACGCGUCUAAAACAUGUAGCUUGUUUAGGUCAGUGUUGUAUGUAAAAAUAGUUCUGAGCUCUCAGUACUCACAUCUGGGAUGCUCGGUCCUGCUCCUGAAAAUCCACCAUCCUGCAGAAUUUAGUUCCAACCUGUUCUAACACACGUCUAUGAUUUUUAAUGUACCACAAAACCUUGACUAUCUGGUUCAGGUGUGUUUGAUUAGGGUUGUAUCUAAACUCUUUGUAGGACUACGCACCCUAAUCUACAGUUAUUAACACAUAUCACACAAAAAAAUGAAGGUCUGUGCGCUUAUGAACUCUUGAAAAUUCUUUUUAAAGUGUGUAACCAACAAAGACUCCAAUCACCAUGUCAGCGCUGCCCUUCAUGUAGUUUAUUACAGAAGGGGGUGGUGUUAUUUUCUAGAGAGUGAAUAUAGAUGUUCUAAUCAAGAAGGAUACAAAUGGUUUUUCAUUUUACAACAGAACCUGCUCUCUUUCUCUCCUGCUCUCUUUCUUUAUGUCUCUUUAUGGAUCUGUGGUAUAGAGGACACUAUAGUCAUGAAAACCAUGAAGCACUUACUCGUCGUUCAGCCUUUCAUCCUAAAAACAUUUUGGGAGAAUAAUAGAAUUAACUUCACUUUUCUCUUUCUCGCUCUCUUUUAUCUUUAUUUCAAGAUGAAUGAAAUCACUUUAGCUGCAACCAUAUUCACCAUUUUGCCUGGCUGUUGUGUUCCACUCUACCAUUAUUGGUUUCUACCCCAUGCCUAUUUUAAGUUAUGCGAACUUUAAAUGUACCAUGGAUUUUGAAGGAUGUUUUUAUUCCUUGCUUCAAAGACUUGAAGUUCUGACACCUGAUAGGCUAGAAGGUGAUGUUGACGAGGAUUUGCUUUGCUGAGUGUCUCCUGUGGAUCUUUGCUCAUAAAUUCACCUAAUGGGAGCAUACGUGCCCUUUCUUUGAAGGCUGGGAUUUAAAUGGCAGCGAUAUCACGUGGGUUUAGGGAAUGCACUUCCAGUUAGUGCUUGUGUGGGGCUCAAGAUCACUGAGACUGCAGAUUUACUCUGACCCUCAGACUCUGAAUCAGCAACUCAAAACCCUCACACUUUGAUUUUGGACUCAAGUUUUAAAUAAUACAUGUUGAAGGCAUUUACUGAUGCCCAGUUUGACUGUUUUACGAACUCCAUUGUUUUUACUUAAUAAUAAUCUAAAGCACUUUUUUGUCUUUUUAUAUAGACCUGUAUUGUGAACUGCGACACUGAAUAAUGAUUGGUUCACAUUUUUGCCAUCGGGUUUAAAAGAUCAAUGGACCUUUUCAAGGUGAAUGUAGAGAGGUCACACAGAUUAAGCCUAAUCCUGGACUCAAGUUCACUCUUGAUGAUUCUACAUUUGUUAGUAUGUCUUUUGUCCUCUAUUAGUAUGUUUUUGGACCUCUUGUACAGCCUGAAUUUUGACUAACAUGGACCUUAAAUCACCUUUUUUUUUUCAUUGUUAUCUCCCUGUAACUGGAUUGGAAUGACGUGAUUUGCCUCUUCUGCUUCUGCCAUCUCCAUGUUCUGUCUAAACUCUUCUGGACAAAUCCAUGAUGUAUAAAGAGACAAAGAUUCGUCGAAUGUGUAGAUUUAUGUAUAUUACCUUAUUUUUUCUCUUAAACCACAAAGCUUCUGAUGUGAAGGAAAUUAUUCCUAAACGUAUUUUGCUUGAAAUGCCACUUCCUAUUUCUAUCCAGUCAAGGUAGAAAAGCUGAAGUACCAAAGUAGUGCAAUGUGGCUGAGGAGGGUUCAACACCAGUUGUGCAUAUUUUGAUGACGGGUUGGGGAUGAGUGUGUCAGAUUCAACUCAAAUACUUGACAAAUAUGGCAAAUCUUUAAUGAUUAGACAACACUUUCGUUCAUGAUCGUCUUCAUGUGUAUCUGCUGCUUUUCUACCAGGCUGAACAAAACUGAAAGAAUCCCAACUCUAAUUGAAGUGUAGUAUUUUCCGUUCGUGUCGAGAUUUCCAGCAAACUGCUUGAAAACUCUACAAUUAGCAACUAGUCCAGAUGUUGAUACAGCCAUCUCUGUGUUAUACUUGUAAGAAUGCAAUUUCUCUUCAUGCUAAUGUGGUUAGUCAAGAAAAUGAUGGGUAACUGUGAUGGUUAUCAUAAUGGUUAAAGAUCUGAGGCCCUUUAAGAGUGCCACAAAAUGUUCUGUUAAGUAGAAGUGAUGUAGAAGUAGAACUUCUUUGGAUUUUACUUUUGUUUUUUUUCCUCCUAAAAGUCUGAGUAUGAGAACUUGUUUAUUCUCUGUCUGUUGCAUUGUGUUAAAGCCAGAGUAAAUACUGGCAAAAAAAAAAAAAGGAAGGAGAAGCCCUGAUUAGUUAUGAUGGUGCAACAUUAGGAGUCAUUUAAACAAUCAAAAUGUGUGAAAAUGUACCUCACAACACAUGAACUGCUGAAUUUACUAAUAAACUGUCCUUAUAAACUGCUAAGAGAGCAUUAGUCAAAAUUCUGGGUGGCAUGUGACACUUUGAAACGAUGUAUUUCACGAUAAUUUUCAAUAUAAAUUCGCGUGAAAUUUCUCUCACUCUAAAUAUUGUAAUUUUAUCGAAUUUAUCAGAGUGAUUGAGAUAAAAAAAAAAAAAAAAAACCUUUACAGAAUCUUUUAUAUAAUUUUAAGUUAAAAAAAAUUAUAAUAGGCCUAUUAUUGUAAUCAGAAAGAAUCUGAUCCAAAUCAGUUGUGUUGUCUGAAUGCAAGUUAUAUCAAGGGUCAGUCCAUAAUAAUUCUUCAACUCUUGCUCUUUGUAAAUGAAUGUUCUGCUACCCUCUUGUGGCCAUAAGUUGAUCAGCAGGUAUGUUUAAUAAAUAUAUGAGCGCAUGAAAAAAAAUGUUUCUAUAAUCUGUAGAACAGCCCAGUUACAUGACUGCAAAUGUAAAUUAAAGAGAAAACCUGUUCAUAGCGAUUUGAUUUUUGGAUGUGGGCUAGUUUGUGGGAGAAGCGUCUAGACUCUUGACCACUUUAACGCACACACACCUACCACUUUGUUUCAUCCUCUUCCUGGUGCCUUUAGUUUCUAUUAAUUAGCAGCGCAGCUCUUUCUGCCGUGAGUAGUUGGUUUAUUUCCUUUCAUGUUGGAAAGAAACAGCCUUUAUGUUAUGCUUUUAAAAAAGUUUGAGAGAAAAGGGAUUGUGGCCUUUUCAUGUGGCUCACAUGGUAUCGUUUGUACCACUCAAAUGAAGGACUUUUCAGAAUUACUGUAGUGGUGGCCUGGUUGUGUGUUAGAAGUGCAAAACACACUGCCUUUCAGUUGACCGUAAUUAAACUUGUUUCUUUCAUAUAUGAAAAAAAAAAAAAAAAAGUCUUGGUGCUUAAUCUCUUGCUUCUUAUUUAAGCCUUUUUCUUUUUUAAUGGUGUUAGGCUAGUAUAGUAAUGUGCAUGACAGAAGAUCUAUACAGGGAGGUUUUUUGCUGUUUCAGUAUUUCAGAAUAUGAGUCUGAUUUAAAAUAUGUAUUUAAUUAUGAUGGAAAAAACAGCUAAAUGAUCCUGUGAUGAAGGAGGGUCAGGAGGGCUUUAAAUGAGUGAGAAUGAACAAUAAAUCAAUUUUGUUACAUGUA